UUAGGGUUCAAGCCAGGCACUAGCGGAAUCAGUAACCUUCUUCAGCAAUGGCUUCUUCGUUCUGUAAAUCAGCGGCGAGAGUGGCUUCCACUUCCUUCGCGAAUCGUUCUAGAACCUUCGCUCAAAAACCUUCCAUUCCGCUUCUGUUUUCUUCUCAAGCUCCUCGUGUUUCAAGGAUUUUAUCGGUUGUUGGAAGUGUUGAAUCAUUGAUGCCUCUUCAUACCGCCAUUGCUGAUGCUAGACUCACUUCUAAUAUUGCUUCCAAUUCAACUUGCUGGAGCAUGCUUUCACAAGGACUUGAAAAAACAUUGUGACAGGCUUGCUGGAUCCAUUCAAGAUGAAUGAGGAAUGAAAAAGAGAAAAAAAAAAAUGAAAAAACUGUUUUUUUUUUUUUUUUUCUGUCUCACCUUAGGAGGAAAAAUAACUUCACAGUUGAAAUUUUGGUCACUGUAUUGUGCGCCAACUGUAAACUUGUAUGAUUCAUUUCCUUAUUUUCUUGAAAGUAUAUGACCAACUUGCUUGAUAAUCACCCUCAAAUUUUCAGUGCUGAAGUCUAAGUUCUAACAAGUCAAUUCUGUUGUCAUAUAGAUUUACUUAAGUUCUAAUAAAUCUUAAGUUCCUUUUUGGUGUUUAUAA